AUGGCAAAAUCAAAGUCAACGAGAAAGCAAGUCUCGUUCAAGAGCGAUCAUAGCACACCAGAAUCAGAUACUUCAAGUUCAACCAAACUUUCUUCCAAAUCAGCCAAUCCUAGUGGAGCUGGCGUGGGCAACAAGGUGAAUGGAUCAACCAGAACGUCCUCUACCUCGACCAAAUCAUCAGCCAAUGCAGUUCCUCAAAUAAAGAAUAAAGCUAUUCUCAUCCCAUUUCAUAAUGUAUUAGUACUCUGGAACAUGUUUCGUCAAGGAUUGACUGAAAAUAUUGAAUAUACUUUGUUUGUGGGGUUUCUUACCUUGAUUCCAAUUCAAUUAGUCUAUAAUUAUUUGAUAAUAAGUCAAUUAAAAAAGAAAUCUAAAGAUUUGAAUGUUCCUUUAUUAAUCGUAUCUAGUGUUAUCGUGAGUAUGGUAUUAUCAAUCCCACUUUUAAUUGUGAUUAUAUUAUUCGGUGGACCAAUCUAUGGAUUUACAAUUAAGAACAUUUUAUUGGCGUUACAUUUAUCUCAAUUAAUAUUCAAUCCUUUGAUUGUAUUAUAUGCUUUGGAUUUUAAUCAAUUUACCAAAAUAUUCGAACAAGAUCAUAUUUAUAGAUUAAUUUUUGUUCAUCCUAUUUUGUCUGCUUCUUUAUUGACUGUUGCUGGAUGUUGGUUGGGUGCUAUUCCUAUUCCUUUAGAUUGGGAUAGACCGUGGCAACAAUGGCCAAUCACUUUAUUGGUUGGUGGUUAUAUAGGAGGUGUUGCUGGUGGGUUGCUUUCACUUGUUGUCAAACCAAUUGGAGCCUAA